AUGGAUGGUAACUUCAUGGUGGAUAGGACUAACGAGGCGAGAAAUCGCGAACUAAUCCAGCAGUAUCUGAAUAUCCUUGAUGACUCAGCUGAAGGGAAGAUUUACGUGCAGAAAGUAGAGGAUAUGAUUAGCACUGAAACUCCCAGACUUAUUGUGAACCUCAACGAUAUUCGCAGGAAAUCCGCUGAAAGGGCGUCAGGUCUUAUUCACAAUUUUGUCGAGGAAAUUGUGUGUUUGGAGCAGGCGGCAAAGGAAAUUAUCCAGCGCGCCAGUCCAGACUUCGUCAAAGCUCAGCAGCUUUGGCGAUCGCCACGUGAAUCCAAGAUCGCUGAAGGCGGACUUCCUCGGGAAUCUCGUUCCUUGGUCCGUCCCAAGGUUGUAAAAAGUGUCCACUACUGUCCAGCAACCAAGAAAACCCUAGAAAAACGUUACACUGAUCUAACCUCUUACGAGUCUUUCCCAAGCAGCAAUGUUUACCCAACAGAGGAUGAGAAUAAGAACCCUCUGGAGACUGAAUUUGGCUUGAGUACUUACAAGGAUCAUCAGUCGUUCUCUGUACAGGUGUGUUUCUUUCAAGAUUUCGACUUUACCGCUGCUGUACAACAACUUUCUGGAAAAUCUGAGUUUCAGCCUGAUAAAUUUCAGGAAUUACCCGAGUGCGCUCCAGCUGGCCAGCUUCCCCGCUCGGUGGACGUAAUUGCGGACAACGAUUUGGCAGACCUUGUAAACCCCGGAGAUCGAGUGCGUGUUAUUGGAUUGUAUCGCGUUCUACCCAACAAGCAAAAUGGGUAUUCAAAUGGAUCGUUCAGAUCCAUUGUCAUCUCCAACAAUAUUCAGUUGUUGUCUAAAGAAACCACCUUGGACUUCGACCCCGAAGAUGUCAGAAAUAUUCGCAAGCUUAGCAGGAAAAAGGAUGUCUUUGAACUCAUUUCCCAUUCUCUUGCUCCUUCGAUUUGCGGACACGAUGAAGUAAAAAAGGCAAUUCUUUGUUUGCUGCUCGGUGGAUGCGAAAAGAUUCUCGACAACGGAAGUCGUCUUCGAGGGGACAUUAACGUUCUGCUGAUUGGAGAUCCUUCUGUUGCGAAAUCGCAGCUGUUAAGAUAUGUGCUGCAAACUGCAGCACGAGCUGUUGCAACCACCGGUCGUGGAUCCUCUGGUGUUGGUCUGACUGCUGCCGUCACCACAGAUCCCGACUCUGGAGAGAGGAGACUUGAAGCUGGUGCCAUGGUCUUAGCCGACAGAGGAGUAGUGUGCAUUGAUGAGUUUGAUAAGGUAUAG